AUGUCUUUCGCAUUAUUUGAUCCCGCAGUUCUCCUCAGCAUUCUCGGUGCGGCGGCGGCGAUUUACCUCUUCGCAAGCAAGAUGUUUGGCCAUGAUUCUCGCGAGCCACCUCUUGCUCCCCAAUCAAUUCCCAUCAUUGGCCACAUGGUUGGGUUAUCGCGCAGCACAUUCAACUACUAUGUGCAACUCAGCGAACAGACAGGCUUGCCAAUAUUCACUCUAGCUCUGCCGGGCCAGAAAAUGUACGUGGUGACAAAGCCGGAUCUUAUCCAGGCGGUCCAAAAGCAACACAAGAUCCUCGCGUUCCCACCUGUCGAGGCCAAGUUUGCCUCUACUGUCUGCGGGACCAGUGCUGAAGCCAAGGCCAUCUUGGCCCAAAAUGUCAAUGGUGACGACGGCUCUCAUGGCCUUUCCAUGGCUUCAUACAACGCGAUGCGCGCAGCCCUGAAUCCAGGCUCUGACCUAGACAAUAUGAAUCGAAGUAUGAUCCAGGAGAUUGCGAAGUCUUUAGACCUUCUGCAGCCAGUAGGGAAAGAGUCCCGGAGAAUCGGCAUGUAUAGCUGGUUGAGGGAUACUAUUACGCUGGCCACGACCAGGUCCGUGUAUGGACCGAUGAACCCAUAUGAAGACAAGACUGUUGCAGAUGCUUUUUGGGACUUUGAGGGUGGCCUCAUGUCAAUUCUAGUAGGUAUUCUUCCUUCAAUCUUUGCCCGUAAGCCUAUUGCGGCUCGAGCCAAGGUUGUUGCUGCAUUUGAAGCAUAUUACAAGGCUGGGGGAGUGCAGAAGGGAUCCGCUCUCACUCAGAACCGAUACCAAGCACAGAUUGACCAUCAAAUAUCCUUGGAAGAUAUUGCCCGCUACGAAGUCGGAGGUUCGAUUGCCGUCCUGGUGAACACGGCGCCCGCAGCCUUUUGGACACUUCUCCUACUCCAUAGUCAGCCGGAUCUUCUGCAGCUUAUUCGUAAAGAGAUUGAUGCUUGCACAGCAACUGCGGUCAAUAAUGGCGCGACCGUCAAGACUCUCGAUGUUACAACUCUAAAGGAAAGCUGCCCUUUGUUAUUGUCCGCGUUCCAGGAAGUCCUCCGUUACUCGUCCAUGGGCACUUCAGUACGUGAAGUCAUGCAAGAUACCUACCUUGGCCCGUGGCUGUUGAAAAAGGGUGCCAUGGUACAAAUGCCUAGUCGGAUCAUACAUCAGGACUCCAACCUUUGGGGCUCUGAUGUCGCCGAUUUUAACCCACGUCGCUUUCUCCCUGAAGAGAGAAAAAAUCGACCCAGCGACGUCUGCUUUCGCGCUUUUGGUGGCGGCAAGACUCUCUGCCCCGGUCGACAUUUUGCUACCAAUGAAAUCCUUGCCGUGGUUGCUGUAUUCAGUGCCAGACUAGAUAUGAAGCCCGUGGAGGGCGAAUGGAAGCUCCCGAGUGCUCUGAACACUAACGUUGCCGCUGUCGUCAUGGAACCCGAUGUUGACAUUGAGGUUGAAAUUCAGUCGCGCCCAGGAUUCGAAAGUGUGAAGUGGAACAUAGACCUUCACAAGUCGGAAAAGAUCUUUGCGUUAGUCACUGAAGACUGUGUCGAGCCGAGCCCGUAG